GCUCGUAGAUCCCUGAUAAUCUGCUUUUCAUUAAUAUUCCAAUGGAUUAAAUGUAAGACAUAUCUGGACCUGUUCUGAACGGAUCUUACGAUGAUAAACUCUCAUAAGCAAGAUGGAUCUUUGCCAAAGACAUCCAAGAAGCACGUCGAAUACCAGAAUAGACAGAUAUACUCGAUCCGGAACAGCUGGUCUAUUUUCACCACCACCGAGAAAAGAAAUAUCAUAAUUUAUAUCCUCGGAAUCAUGCUUUAUAAAUUCGGAAUCGAAGCCUUCAAUGGAAGCAUCAUCGCCCUCGCUACAAGUCGCUACGACCGCGAAGCAAGACUUGCAGGAAACCCAGCCAGAACAUUCGAGAGAGUUGGGUUACUCACGGGACUGAACCAGGCCUGUCAAUGUCUUGGUUCAAUGCUCGUCACGCCGUUGAUUAAGAAGAAUCCGACGAAGACUGUCAUUUCAGGAGCGGUCUUGGCAUUUGGAGUUCUGACUGCGGUGCUGUUGAUCGUGGAUGCUGCGACUGGAGGGAGAGUGAAACCUAGGAGAUGGGAUGACAAGCAUGGAUGUGAUGAUUUUGGAUAUUAUGGGACAUAUAAUACGGAUGUGAUGAUACCAUUUUACUGCUUCACCGGCCUAGCGUACGGCAUGGUGGAAACGAUUCGAAGAGUGAUACCAAAAGACCUUGUUGGAGGCGACGUUCAGAAGCUACUUCGUAUGGACUCGAUCGUUCAUAUUCUCUACGAAGUAUCUGGGACCGGCGGAGCACUCACGACCUCCUUGGCACUGAUCCCGUAUUUGGGGAACAACAUGUCGUUCAUCAUCACACCCGUACUCCUUGCAACAGCGUCAGUUAUCUGGAGACUCAUCUCUGUACCUCCUAUUGCUGAGAAUGAUAAAGCACUAGAAGUAGCCAGUCUCGAGAAUGUCGACAGGAGAAGAGGACUUUUCACCGUCAUAAUCGACGGCUUGUCUGAAGGAUUCGUGGUAUUCUUCAAAUCGCUUGUCCUCGGGAUCAAGAUCCUGUUCAGUUCUCGGAGGUACAUCUGGCUUAUUCCUGGCUACAGUCUCGCAUUGUACGGACACCGUUUUCUAGAGAACAAUAUUGCAACUGUUGUCGCUCAAAGGUAUCUUGGGAAUGCCGCUUGGUCGCAGAUUAUCGUAGCUGGAUCGAACUUUGGCGAACUUCUCGGGGCUUUAUUCGUAUUUUUGUUCACAAGUCUAGUCCACACACCCCUCCCUUGGAUCCGAGUUGACUCUACGAUGCUCUCGAUUGUCUGGUUCCUGGUCUCCUGGUACCCUCCACCUCGAAAAUUAAGUCAAGCAUGGGUAGUAGCCGGGGUAUUCACCCCUCUCUCAUUCGGAUGGGCCGCUGGUGAUGUGAGUCUGGUUGCCUAUGUCCAGAGCCAACUACAGAAUGAGGAGACACCGGGAGGGAAAUAUGAAAGGAUCAGCCCGCUAAGUGCAGUUAUGAGUUGCUUGUACUCAACGUAUAUUGUACUUUAUGCAGUUAUGAGUCCAGUGAUGGGAAACUAUAUCGACAAUGCGUAUAUCAGAGAGAAUGACGUUCAUGGGACUAUGAAAUAUGUCGCAGGCGUACAAUAUAGCGUUAUGGCGGGAGUCAUUCUGGCGUCGACGUUUGUUCCAAGGGGCGCGCUUUCAUGGAAUCCGAAAGAGCUAAAAGGUGAUCGAACGCCAGAUGAGGAGGAGCAGAAAGUGGCCAGAUAGCCCGGGGACUUUAGGCCCUAAGACGAAGACAAUGUGAUUGUCAAGAGUCGCACCAUGACUAUACAUGAGGUCCUGUCGCUCUCUCAAAUAAGUGAAGUCGGAUUUGUGAUUCAUAUGCCAUACCAGAAAUAGACACAGUGAUUCCAAGCGGGAGUAUUGGUAGAGGCAUUUGACUUUUUCAAUUCCUAUCCAUCCUAUAACGCCGAUUGACAGUUCCAUAAGCAAAAUCUGCCCAUGCAGAUUGUAUGAUA